GAAAUGAGUUUUCUUGAGUCUCAAGUAGUCAAGAACCUACACUAAGGGUUUCCAUAUUGCAUCCCCAACAAACAUCCCUGACAUUUUUCUAGUGGAAAAGAGGCCAUCUUCAUGGAUGUUCUGAGGAAUGCAAUAGCGUAACCUCUAACUACAGCAAGAUCUGAUGAGCAUGAUGGAUAAUCGCGAAGCGAAUGUGGCAGGAGCUGGUGGGGGACUGAUAUUGCAAGAUCGAGGGGCUUUGUGGUAUCGUGCACAGCAUAACUUCGAGUUUGAAGCGAUCGAACUUGAGCGGAAACGCCUAAAGGAGCACAGAGGAGAUGUGCUGGAUAAGGUGGGGCAAGACGCCAAUGUUAUAACGGACAUCGAAACAGGGAGUCUUUAUGACUGCAGUGAACUCGAUAUUAGCG